GCGGUCUAUUUUAACCUAAAAUUCGCAAGCACGAGCUCGUACAGUCUGUCUCUCUUUGAACGCUCCCGAAGGAAGAAACAAAAGCCAGAAGCGAAGGUAAUCAACAACACACAAGCCUCUGACUUCUAUCUCUCUCUCUCUCUCUCCGACUCUUCCUCACAGUUAGAUCCGAAAUGCCGGCGAUCCCGAUGCGUCUCACCGUCGGAUCCAUCCCCUCCUUCGCCUUCACCGCCCUCCUCAUCGUCUCCUUGGCGUUCGCUUCGGAGCACGAUCACAAGUAUCAACAGGACGACCCUGUUACCCUAUGGGUAAAUAAGGUUGGUCCUUACAAUAAUCCACAAGAAACAUACAACUAUUAUAGCCUUCCAUUUUGUCAUCAAUCUAGCAAUGCGGCUCACAAGUGGGGUGGUCUCGGUGAGGUUCUCGGUGGCAAUGAACUCAUUGAUAGUCAGAUCGACAUAAAAUUCCGAAAAAAUGUGGAUAAGAACUCCAUUUGCGAUAUCGAACUUGAUGAAGCAAAUGUGAAACAAUUUAAGGAUGCUGUUGAGAGUAGUUAUUGGUUCGAAUUUUUCAUGGAUGAUCUACCUCUAUGGGGUUUUGUCGGUGAGCUACAUCCUGACAAGAAUAGUGAUAACAAGAAGCACGUGCUUUACACACAUAAGAACAUCCUUGUUAAAUACAACAAGAAUCAGAUCAUUCAUGUUAAUCUCACUCAAGAGAGCCCUAAACCGUUGGAAGUGGGGACAACGCUACACAUGACAUAUUCUGUCAAAUGGAUCGAAACUAAUGUCACUUUUGCUCGCCGUUUCAAUGUUUACUUGGAUUACCCUUUCUUUGAGCAUCAGAUACACUGGUUCUCCAUUUUUAAUUCGUUCAUGAUGGUUAUCUUUCUAACUGGUCUGGUGUCAAUGAUACUAAUGCGAACGCUUAGAAAUGACUACGCGAAAUAUGCUCGGGAGGAUGAUGAUUUGGAGUCUUUGGAAAGAGAUGUAAGUGAGGAGUCUGGUUGGAAGCUCGUCCAUGGGGAUGUUUUUCGGCCUCCUCGCAAUCUAGUUUUACUUUCUGCUGUUGUUGGGACGGGUGCUCAGUUGGCGUUGCUUGUUCUCCUUGUCAUCUUGGUUGCAAUUGUUGGAACCUUGUACAUAGGGAGAGGAGCCAUAGUGACAACCUUCAUACUAUGCUAUGCUUUGACAUCAUUUAUAUCGGGUUACGUAAGUGGUGGAAUGUAUUCACGCAAUGGAGGUAAAAACUGGAUAAAAUCAAUGGUCCUCAGUGCAUCACUUUUCCCAUUUAUGUGCUUUGGGAUUGGUUUCGUUUUGAAUACAAUUGCUAUAUUCUAUGGAUCGCUAGCCGCUAUUCCUUUUGGCACGAUCGUGGUUGUUUUCCUUAUUUGGGCUUUCAUCUCUUUUCCCCUUGCACUUCUUGGUACCGUCGUGGGAAGAAACUGUAGUGGUGCCCCAAACAAUCCAUGCCGUGUGAAGACCAUUCCUCGUCCAAUCCCAGAGAAGAAAUGGUACCUUACACCAUCUGUAGUUUCUUUGAUGGGAGGGCUACUACCGUUUGGCAGCAUAUUCAUUGAGAUGUAUUUUGUUUUCACAUCCUUCUGGAAUUACAAGGUGUACUAUGUCUAUGGAUUUAUGCUGCUGGUUUUUGUGAUUCUCUUGAUUGUAACGGUCUGCGUUACAAUUGUUGGGACAUAUUUCUUGCUAAAUGCUGAGAACUAUCACUGGCAGUGGACUUCAUUUUUCUCUGCUGCCUCCACGGCUGUCUAUGUGUACUUGUAUUCAAUAUAUUACUACUCUGUGAAGACUAAGAUGUCAGGCUUCUUCCAGACCAGCUUCUAUUUUGGAUACACUCUCAUGUUUUGCCUUGGGUUAGGAAUUCUCUGUGGAGCUGUUGGUUAUUUGGGUUCCAAUUUGUUCGUAAGAAGGAUCUACCGUAACAUCAAGUGUGAUUAGGGCACUUGGCUGAGCUUUCAAUACCAUGAUUGUUGAGAAUGAGCGAGAGGAAGCCUUUGGACACGCGCGCCAGGAACCAAUGAUGUCUACACAUGGAAAUCACCUAGUUUGAUGGCAUGUGAGUCUUAGAUACGGAGCAGCCCCGAGAUUUUACCCCUUUUGUCCCGGGAUAUUAGUGGAAAGCCUUUCCAUUUUUUAUUAACUUAGAUUACACAGAUUGUUUGAAACAUGACCCGGUUGGUUUAUGUACUUAUUGUUGUCCUCUUCUCUAUGAUGCCCCUUGUAGCGGCUUCUCUCCUAUGUUCUCUUUUGUUUCAGUUUUGCUAUAUAUAUAUAUGUGAGCUUUUGGCAGAAGAAACUUUUAGGGAACGAUCCUGGGAAAUGUAUUUUGUGUCGGUGAACAUGUGCAAUGACAAAAUGCUCCUGCUACUGAGUCGCAUUUUUACA